AUGGCCGGAGCUGAAGCGCCGCCGGUCUCGGCUCAGGUCGAAAUCCCGGUAGAAACCUGGCUAACUUCUCUGGACCAAAAAUUGCAGGACUCACUCCCACCAUCCUCCAAUUGGCGAAUCUGCAGAGUCCCCCGCAAGCUCCAGAGCGUGAAGAAAGACGCCUACAGCCCACAAGUCAUCUCAAUUGGGCCCUUCCACCACGCCGCCGACAACGUCAAGCCCAUGGCACACCACAAGCUCCACUACGCCACUUGCCUCCUCUCCCGCACCCCAGCCACCAAAUCCACAGCCACCCUCGCCGCCUGCGCCGAUUUCCUCCGCCGCUUCGACGCCACCAUCCGCGCCUACUACGCCGAGAAGAUCGAUCUCAACCAGACCCAGCUCGCCGAGGUCCUAAUCGUCGACUCCCUCUUCAUCAUCGAGCUCUUCGUCAGGUACUUCAAUGUCGAUCUCCGGCUGCAGCACGACCCGAUCUUCACGAGCUCCUGGAUGAUUCUGACCCUCCAGCGAGAUCUGCUGCUGCUUGAGAAUCAGAUCCCUUUCUUCGUCCUCGAGAUGCUGUUCAUGAUUACCGUCAAAAGAAGCGCAAUCGGGCCGUCCAUGCCUCCCCUGCCCGAACUCGCUCUGCUUUUCUUCAAAUCUGCUCUGAAUGUGGACGAAAAAUCCAGCCCAAUCGGCGGAAGCACUACUUGGAGCUGCCACCAUCUGCUCGAUCUAACUUACAGAUCUUACUUCUGCCCAUCUCCUAGGCUGAAUCUCAGAGAAGAAUCGAAUCGAGAUCUGGAACGAUUGGCAGCGCCCGAUUUGGUCAGGGGAAGAGGUGAAAGGGGGAAGAAGAAGAAGGAAAAGCCGUGGGUUCUAAUCCAAUCAGCCAAAGAACUCAAGACAGUCGGGAUAAAGUUCAGGAAAGUAACAGCCAAGCAUCUGUUCGAGAUGGAGUUCAAAGACGGGAAAUUCAGAAUCCCGCCAUUGACAGUCCACGACUCGACGGAUUCGUUGCUGAGAAACCUCAUGGCCUACGAGCAAUUCUCCCACGCGAGCAGGCAGUUCGUGACGUCGUACGUAAUGCUGAUGGAUCGGCUGAUUGAUACGAAAGAGGAUGUUCAGAUACUGGAGAAGGCAGGGGUAAUCGAGAACGAAUUGGGGGAUUCGGGUUACGUGUCGAAUUUGUUCAAUGAGAUGUGCAAGCAGAUUGUGUUCAGGGAGUUCUACUACGAUGGGUUGUGCGAGCAGGUGAAUGGUUACAGCAAGGGAAGGUGGCAGAAGUCGAAAGCCCAUUUCAAGAGUGUGUAUCUGAAGAACAUUUGGACGAUCGUGUCGUUGUUCGUUGCGGCUUGGGUGCUUGCUGCUACUACCAUACAAACUGUCUACUCUAUUCUCGAUUACAAUAAACCGUGA